AUCUAUGGUUUGAAAUAUUUCAAGAAUUUGACGUUUUUCAAUAAUUUCCUGGAAAUUAUUGGUUAAGAUUUCGGUUUUAUAUUUAUUAUUUUUAAAUUUAACAUUUGACUCUCAAGAAAUAAAUUUCAACUCAGAUAUAUAAUGGGUAAAAACGGUGUUGUUGCGUUACUUAAAGACUUUUAUUAUGAUCCUUUUAAAUGGUCAGUUGUGAAGAGCGUGGGGUUUUUCACAGUCGGCAUAGUGAUCGCUAGCGAGUGCACCGGCUUGGAAGUGAUGCCCGCAGUGCCGCAAUAAAAAAAACCUUUCGUGAACUUUUAUUUUUUAAGAACAAAUAAAAUGCUAACUUAUUUUCUAUUUACGUUUAUGCUCGCAAGCGUAGCUUGUGAAAAUGAAAAGAAACCAAACUUCGUCGUAAUUUUAACAGACGAUCAAGACGUAGUGCUCGGUGGUAUGAACCCUAUGAAGAAUGUGCAACGUUUCAUCGGUGAUAAAGGCGUCACUUUUACGAAUGCUUACACAACGUCACCAAUUUGCUGCCCAAGUCGCGCAAGUUUCCUCACGGGGCUAUACGUUCACAACCACUUGACAGUGAACAACAGCCUCAGCGGUGGGUGUUACGGACGUUCCUGGAAAUACUUGGAGACGCAGACGUUUGCCGCCACGCUGUCCGGAGCCGGGUAUAAUACUUUCUACGCUGGAAAGUAUCUAAACGAGUAUGGUGUAAAAGCAGCUGGUGGUCCUGAGCAAGUUCCUCCCGGCUGGAAGGAAUGGCACGGUCUAGUCGGCAACUCUGUUUAUUACAACUUCACGUUGUCCAAUAACGGCGUCCCAACGUACUCCGCCGAUCUCUACCUCACUGAUAUCAUAAGAGACCUUAGCCUCGGCUACAUAGAAAAUCAAACAGAAUCGCAACCGUUCCUAAUGGUACUCGCCCCUCCAGCUCCCCACCAGCCGUUUGAACCCGCGCCCCGACAUAAGGGCGUCUUCAGCAACGUGACCGCUGUCAGACAUCCGAACUUUAAUGUAGCUGAUAACGAUAAACAUUGGCUCAUUUCAAUGCCGCCUUCCCCUUUGCCAGAUGAAAUGAUGCCAGAACUAGAUCGUGUUUAUCGAUCGCGUUGGGAAUCUUUGCUCGCCGUCGAUGAAAUGGUGGCGGAUGUCGUCGAAGCUUUGGACACCAACUCUCUCCUAGAUAACACAUACAUUAUCUUUACUUCGGAUAACGGAUAUCAUAUAGGUCAGUUUUCCCAAGUAUAUGAUAAAAGACAACCCUACGAGACGGAUAUAAAAGUGCCGUUAAUAAUAAAGGGGCCGGGUAUCCAAGAAAACGUCAAAAACGACCAACCGAUCGUUAACAUUGAUUUGGCGCCAACUAUAAUCAGUUUGGCGGGCUUGAAACCGCCUAAAACAAUGGAUGGCAAAGCUAUAGAUUUCAAUAAUAAUAUAACAAAGGAGGAAAGAACUUUCCUUGUGGAAUACUAUGGCGAAGCGAGAGAUGGGACAGUAGAUCCGAAAUGUCUAUGGAAUUACGAUGACGAAAAUCUUGCUCAAUGCUACCCAGAUUAUGCUUGCAAAUGUCAAGACUCCAGGAACAACACUUAUGGAUGUAUAAGGCGCAUUGCGAAAAGAAUCAAUAUGAAGUACUGUAUGUUCGCUGAUGAUGAGAAUUUCAUAGAAAUGUACGAUUUGGCAAAAGAUCCAUAUGAAUUGAACAACAUCGCGAACGAUGUUUUGCCUUCGAUUAAACAUUGGUACCAACUAACACUGGCCCGAUUGUUGGCUUGCAGGGGAAAUGUCAAUUGUGACAAUCCAUUUGAAACUCCUAAUGUGAUUAUAUCGUAAAAUAUGUUCAACACCUGAGAAUUGUUUCACUAUACAAUAACGAAAAUUACUAACAAUACAAUUUAAGAAAAUAUUACUGUUAUUGAAUAGAUAUUAAUUUGUUGUUCACAUUAACAAAAUGUUGCAAGCGAAAAUAUUGUAGAAUAAACUAUGCAUCAAAAAUAUUUUUCUUUUAUUUUACUCAUAAUUUCUAUUGGAUUGUAAAAGUUGGGUUGUCAACGAUUUUUUUUUUAUAGAAGUAUAAAAAAAUCUUCGACAUUUAGAUGGUUAGCUUAAUUUUAAUUCGAGAAUUUGAUUCCGGAUCUCUAAGUAAUACUUCUCAGUCUGGAUAAGUACCACCCUGUGCCGAUAAAUAGCUGUGUUUGCACAGCUGUUCGAAAAUAUUGUAGAAUAAACUAUGCAUC